AUGGUUCGACCUCCAAGCGAUCGUACGAUCCCACCUUUCCUUCGUUCGACCUCCUCUUCGCACGCCCACGUAAAGAAAAACGCUAAGAAAGAAGAAGAAAAAGUUCGUCGACCUCCUCCUCCCACGUCACACGUCCCUCUCCAAGUCUCCCCCACCUCUCGCCCCAGAUCCGUCUUGUCCACGCCGAGCAGUUCCUCAUCGCCAACGCUGCCGCCGCCGGUCGAGAUCCCACGGUCCCCGGCCACCCCCGACGCCCCGGCGCCGUCGGAGGACGUGCUGCUGCGAGUCCCCCAGCGCAGCCACCCGCUGGCCGCCGGCGACCUCUCCCUCCACCGCAUCCGAGCCGGAGACACCUCCCUGGCCGCCAUCGCGUCCCUCGACGCCGUCCAGUGGCCGCUGGCCCGCGACGUCGUGGCCGUCAAGCUCGACCCCCGCCACUACUCCUUCUCCUUCGCUGUCCCCGCCUCCCCCGACGACCCGGCCCCCGACCCGCUCCACUACGGCCUCACGCUCUCCGUCCCCGACCCGCGCCUCGACGCCCUGCUCGACGCCUACACCAGGUUCUCCGCCCACUCCGUCGCCGGCAGCGAGGGUCUGGCUUACGGGGUGCGCGGCGAGGUCGAGGCCGCCGCGUACUGGACCGUCGUCGCGCCCAACGUCGAGGAGUACGGCAGCGCCGUCGCCAGGGCCAUCACGUCCGGCGCCGAGAACGUCGCCAAGGGGAUCCUCUGGUGCGGGGUCAUGACCGUGGACAGGCUCCGCUGGGGGAACGAGGUGCUCCGAAAGAGGAUCCAGCCCGGCGAUACUGAGGCCGAGGUCAGCCCGGAGAUGCUCAGUCAGAUCAAAAGGUAG